AUGCAGUACGCUGCUUUGUGGUUCUGUGCCACUUUUUCAAGCACGGUAGUCCUAGAAGGUGCUGCCCACGGAUCUGGUGUUCGAAAGUGCCCCGACGGUGGCAAAUGCGUCCUCGGCACCAGCUGCAUGAACAUUUCACCCGGUUUGGACAGCUAUGGCUGCUGUCCUUACGACAGAGGCGUGCCUUGCCUUUACAAAAGCGACACAGGCAGCUCCAGUGAGAAACAUGGCUGCUGUCCGCGUGGACACCGUUGCCAGCAAGGAGCGUGCUCCUACGACGAAGGCGGUGUCACCUUGUCGUACGCACCAGCCGCUCUUCUGCCUCCUCUGCGCAGGAGCCUGCGCAGCUCGUCUUGCAGUCCGAAGGAGACGGUCAGUGCCAAGGACCACACCACGUGCCCCUGCUGGCAACAGCUGCUGCCACACGCCCGAGUACCCGGUGGGAACGUACUCCUGCUGCCCGUCGAGUACGGACAGGUGUGCUGCCCGGACGGCUCCUGCUGCGCCGCGGGAUACCGCUGCGAGCCACGAUGGGGCAUCUGCACGCCCACGCUGGCAGGGAGCGCACUCAACGAGGGGGCCAAGGGCGAAGCCUCCCCCCGCUAG